AUGGGUAUCAUGAUAUUCAACAUAGGAGACCGACCAGGUCAAGGUGUCUGUGAACGCCUAUUUCUACGCCGUGGAUUCCAUAUCAGUAAGCUCUGGCAAACAAAAAUUAUGCAGGCUGCCGACACUGAUAUUUCAGCUUUAGUUGAAAUUGAACAAAACAGCCCACAUCAAUUUGAAUUUUUUAUGGACCUUGCCGGGGAUCAGUCUGUCUCUGCACGCACAGCCCAGGCAUACAUGAAAUCUGGUGGCCGUGUUUCACAUGCUUUGUCUGUGUAUAGCUGUCAACUUCACAAACCCAUUCAGGUGAAGAAAUUGUUUGAGAUUCUUAAAGAUGGGUUCAAUGAAAUCAGCAGCUCCCUUGAUUUGUCCUUUGAUAAUGAUUCGGUUGCUUCUGAAAAAAUGGCCUUCCUAGUAUACCUUGCUAGUUUUUUGAAAGAGAAUAAGUCCAAUCCUUGUGAGCCUCCAUUUGGAUGUUUAAACUUCCGGAAUCUUGUUGCUGAAUUUAUGAAGAGCUACUACAACAUCCCAUUAACUUCUGAUAAUGUUGCUGUAUUCCCUUCUCGUGUUGUUGCCAUAGAAAUUUCUCUUCGACUGUUCUCACCGGCGCUUGCAAUUGUGGAUGAACAUCUGACCAGACACUUGCCGAAGCAAUGGUUAACAUCCUCAGCAAUUGAGGGAAGAGAAGAUUGUAACCAUGGUAAAGACACAGUCAUUGUAAUUGCAGCACCACGCCAAUCAGAUUUGCUGAUUGAGUUGAUCAGGAAACUGAAGCCUCAGGUGGUUGUUACUGGCAUGGCUAAGUUUGAGGCUAUCACCAGUGCUGCUCUAGUGAAUAUACUAAGUGCAACAAGAGAUGUUGGUUCCCGGCUCUUCGUAGAUAUUUCAAAGCAUCUGGAGUUGUCUAGCCCGCCAAACUCUAAUGGUGUGUUGAAGUAUCUUGCUGAGAACACCCUACCUUCGCAUGCAGUUAUACUCUGUGGUCUAGUAAAGGAUCAGGUUUAUUCUGAUCUGGAAGUUGGUUUUGCCAUAUCUGAGGAUGAAACUGUCUAUAAGGCGUUGUCACAAACUAUUGAGCUAUUGGAAGGACAUACUUCUGUGAUCAGCCAGCAGUAUUAUGGCUGUCUUUUUCACGAGCUACUGGCGUUCCAAAUUGACAACCGGCAAUGCACAGCGAGAGACACUUGUGAGCUGUGGCUGGGAUGUUCCUGGCUGUCAUGGUGGUAUCUCGAUGCUGGCGAAACCGACAGCCUACAUUGGCAAAUCAUUCAAGACUGA